AAGUGGAAGUAGUAUAUUUACAGAGAAAUAUUAUGUUCCACCAUGGUGUUCUUCGAGUAGAACAUUUGGAAAGAGAAAAUUCGUGCCGCGUCGAGAUAUACAGAUUGUUCGAGAGCGUAUUAUCAAGAGAAAAAGUGUUAAUAAGCAUCUGUUAAUUAGCGUCUGGAAUAUAAUGUUGUUCACAUUUUUCCUCCUGGCUGUUGGGAUAAUACUACAUCGGAUCUCUGAUAAGAUACCGAGGGAUUUAAUGCCGAAAUUCCUUUGGAGCUCGAAAUUUAUCUCCCAAAUGUUUCAGAAAAAUUCAGAAGAACUUGAAUGCAGUAGCCAAAUAAGAUACUUGUCUUUACAACUUGCCAGCGCUGAAAAAGCAUUGAGAAAAGCGCUGCGACUGCGGAAGACAACCCCUGAAUAUGAGUUGGCUCAUACACUCAUACUAGAACCAAGGGAAGUCCUCAUUCUGGACGCUCAAGCAGUGGCGGGCGCAGACACUGUAGAGUGGGGCACCCAGCUUGCUCUGUGGGGGCUGAUACCGCUGUGGCAGGCUGCGCCCCCACCUGACAUCGUGUUGAGCCUACGACCCCCUACUCCGUCUGACUGUUGGCCAUUUAGCGGUUCCCGUGGAGAGCUGAUAGUGAGUCUGCCGUCGCAGACAAGAGUGGACCGCGUGAGCAUCGAGCACGUGAGACCAGACACCGCGAGGAGUGCGCCUAGGAACUUUACUAUUUAUGGUACUCUCGCCAACGGAACUUGGAUAAAACUCAAAGAUGGCGUCUACCAGCGCCAUCUACCGACAAAGCAAUACUACUCUUUGCAGCAUAAAACCAUUUUCUGGGACAAAAUAGUCUUCCAGAUCCUGUCGAACCACGGCAAUACGAAAUACACUUGCAUUUAUAGAUUUCACUUGUAUAAAUACACUAAUUCCGAUUUAAUAAAAGUCUAA